AUGCCGCAAAUGUCGGUACCUGCAAACCAAACCAAUAACUCCAUGAAGGAGAUUCUGCUGCAGCUGCAAUCAGCGGACACUGCCGUCCGCGGAGCCGCAGAGGAGCUGCUCAACAAGUCUCCCUUGGACCACCUGCUGCCUGCCCUUGCUACAGCAGCCGCAGCGUCAACAUCAGAGUUGGAUGUGUCUAGUGGGCAGCUGGCCGCCGUCUUGCUGCGUCGGUAUGCACACAGCAAGUUGAAAAGCUUCGCCGCGAACCCCCAGCAGAAGCAGCAGCUAAUCGAGGCUGUAAUGCAAAAUAUCGUCGGCGCUCUCUCUUCUGGUAGCCCCUUGAUCCUCCGAAAAGCUGCAGCUGAGGCCAUUGGAGAACUGUGGCGUCACUUGCCCUCAACAACGAGCAUUAGCCAGACGGUGCCUUUCGGGCUGGUCAUGCAGUGGCUGGAGUCGCAGGAGCAGCAGGAGCGACAGAAGGAAGACGAAUGCGUGUUAUGGUUGCUCUUGGACCGACUGGGGGAAGCCACAGAGGCCGAGGUGUAUGUCCGUUACACCCCUCAAAUCGUCAGAAAACUGAAUAUCACGUUUCAGAAGCAAGAGGUCGAGAGUGCCACGGCUGCAGAAGAGGCCCUCGCCACUCUCUUUGUUCGGACAGUCCGGUGGAAGGCUGACAGCGUACAGGCAAAAGAGGCCAAGAAGGCAGCAACAGCCGCCUACAGCUCUCUUUGCCCAACGGUCUUGCAGCUGGUUACCCGCCUGCCUCGUCCCGAGUUGUUGGCACCGCUCCUCUCGCUAGCGGAGAGAGGCUCACAGUUCUUCAAAGACCAUCAUUCACUGCUGUUAGAGAGCGUCAGGGCUAUCCUGUCCAAAUCCGCAACAGUUGGUGAAGACGCGCUGCAGAUGAUCCUGCAGCUCGCAGCGGCCGCGUUUCUGGGUGCCCCUAAAUUCUCAAGAAAGCAUCUACCGCUCGUGAACGACCUACUGCUGAUUCUGGCCGAUGCAGCGGUGGCUGCUCCUGCUGGUUUGGAGGACGCAGCAGGGUGGGAGGCCCAGGCAAGGGAGGAGGAGACUCCUGAAGAGACAUUGCAUUCCGUUGCUCUCGAGCUCAUGGCAGAGGCUGCAGCAGCCUUGUGCGACAAUCCUGGUCAUGAUCAGGGUGCCCCCAGAAACCCCCAGCUUGAGGCUGCUUCGCCAGGGAGCCCUGACGUUAUGGAGAUGCUGAUGAAAAUUGUGUCGCGCUUGCUUGAGCAAGAGGAACCCCGCUACGGCUUCUCAGCCCUCGAGCUCCUGGGCCUGCUGCUGGAUGACGAUACCUGCAGACCCUUGCUAGGAAAUUUCAUGGAGCCUCUGAUAACGUCCUGCAUGGCGGCCGUGAAGAGCUCCUUUGCUCAUUUGCGGUGGGGGGGCCUGAAGUGUUUAGGUCUGAUGCUGCAGCACGACGAGCAGUGGUCACGGAAGGUGCAGCAGCAGCACGGGGAGCAGCUGCUGUCUCUGCUUUCACAGGAAAGCGCUGCAGAUCCGUCUGUUAGAUGCCGGAGGCAGGCUCUUCUGGCUCUAGCGGCUUUUCUCUCGGGCCUUGCCCCCGAAGAGGGAGAAGAACCGUCUCCUCAGACGCUGGCUUUCGUCGUUCCCCAGCUGGAUGGUGUUCUGUCUCAGGCGGUCAUCGCCGGAUGCUCAAGCGAGGACCUGCAGACUCAAGAGUUCGCGCUGUCUCUCGCUUCCGCAUUGGCUAAGGCAUGCGGCACCUCCUUUAUUCCUUACUAUCCGCCAUUCGCAGUGGCUCUGCGGAAUCUUCUUGGGGGGGAAGAACCCUCAGGGCAUCAGAAAGUGGAGCAGCUGCUGCAGGAGCAUGCAGGCCGCUGUCUCUUACAGGCGUCCGUGGAGUUCGCUGCGGAUCUGGGCUCUGCCGUGGGCACGGAGGUUUUUAGCCCGGAUGCCCCUUGGCUUGUUGACCGCAUCCACCGCCUCAUGCUCUCCUGCGAAGCAGUUCCAGCAGCUUCGGCUGUCUUCUGUUCGGCUAUGUCGUGUCUCGCGGUGGCUGCGCCAGCGUGCGGCCCCGAGCUGCUGCAUCAAAUGCAGCCGCUCAUGGCUAUCGUCUUGCAGAAGGCCAAGACAGACAUCAAGCUGGGGGUUACCGAGGAGUUGGGGUCUGCGGGAGGUUCGCUGAAUGCGGGCGCGGAACUGUCCGAGGAAGGGGGAGUCUCGCAGUUUCGGGUACAGGACAAGACGGGCAAGCAAACAAUCAUUUCCAUCAACACAGCGGCAGUAGAGGAACGCGUCGCGGCUCUGCGGCUGCUAGGGGCACUGGCUUUAGCUGGUGGAGCUCAGACACCCCUUGUCUUGGCCAUCGAAUGGACUGCCGCCGUCCUUGAGAGCUGCUCUUCGGAGUUCACCAUUGUCCGCAGCGAGGCGUUCGAUGCUCUGCCUGGAUGCCUAGCUGCACUAGAGUCUUCACCAGAACAGCAAGGCCAAACAGCAACAGCUGUAUUGGAACUGGUUGCUGCUUUCUUGUCGAGCGGCGAAGGGCAGCUGCUGCCAUCUCAGGCAACCCUCGCAGCUGAGCAUAUGCUUCCCGCAGUGGCGCAAAUAGUUGGCGCUCAGGGGAAGAAGCAGAGGGAGGGGAUGCUGCCGCAAGCAUGCCAAGUGCCGCAGCAGCAAAGGGCGCUGUUGCUAGAGAAGCUUUUUGCUGGAAUGGGCAAACUCAUGCUUCCAGUGUUGACACGGGAGUUCGAACGUCUCGCCAAUAAGGAACAGCAAGACGAUGACUGGGAGGAUCUGAGCGACGAUGAAGGAGAGGAGGACAGCAGCACCUACUAUGACUCCGUGAUGCAGUGUUCUGGUAGUUUCUUCAAGGUGUACGGUUCUGAAUGCCUCCCGCACUUUCACGAGCACUUGCGGCUGCCAUACGGCGCCCUCCUGGCACACGAGCAAUCAAGCUACUAUGGAAAGGUUGCUGCGCUCUGCAUUUACGCCGACGCUAUAAACUACGGGGACCCCUCAGGGACGGUGGAGUACAGCACUGUUUUCCUCCCGGGGGCGCUGCUGGCUGUGGGUUCGCAGCCCGAAUACAUCAGCGAUGAAGACCACUUGCUCGCUAUUUCAGCUUCGGCGUACGGAAUGGGCGCUCUGGCACAAAGACAUCCAGAGCUGUUCCUCCCUUCUCUGCAGCGCGCAGUUGAGUCGCUUGAACGGUGCCUUUCAAGUCCAUUGUUGCGCACAGAAAGUGGCAGAGCAGUUGCUGACUGUGCUGCAUGUGCACUUCUAAAGAUCUUUGUGCAGUUUGGGCCGAAGCAAGAUCUCGAGAAGGCCUCUGAAAUGCUAGCAAAGCUCCUAGAGGCAUGGUGA